AUGCGAAGCAGUGUAGACUGUAUCAACCGAUUAGCCUUCGAUUGCGAGCUUUUCUUUGCUUUUCAUUUUCUAGCUUUGUUUGUUCUUGGUUUUCUUUUAUUCGCCGACUUCUCCGCUCACAUAAACUCUAUAUUUAGCUCCCUCUAUGUUUGUGCAAUUUCACUCUCUCUUUCUCUCUCCUUACGCAGUAUCACUAUCUAUUUUUCAGCUGUUUCACUAACUCACUCUCUCUGCUUACGCGAUUUCACUCUCUCUCUCUCUCUCUCUCUCUCUCUCUCUGCUUACGCGAUUUCACUCUCUCUCUCUAUCUCUGCUUACGCGAUUCCACUCUCUCUCUAUCUCUGCUUACGCGAUUUCACUCUCUCUCUCUCUGCUUACGCGAUUUCACUCUCUCUCUCUCUCUCUCUCUGCUUACGCGAUUUCACUCUCUCUCUCUCUGCUUACGCGAUUUCACUCUCUCUCUGCUUACGCGAUUUCUCUCUCUCUGCUUACUGCUUUCACUCUCUUUUACGCUUUUCUCUCUCUCUCUGCUUACGCGAUUUCACUCUCUCUCUCUCUCUACGCAAUUUCACUAUCUUUCUCUACAUAAAUUCACUAUUACUCUCCCUCUCUACGCAAUUUCAUUAUCUCUCUCUCUCUCUCUCUGUUUAG